AUGUCUGUUUCCAACAUGCAAUCGCCAUUUGCCCAUUAUGGUGUUCUAUCCGGACAGUUAUUCCUCUAUGGUCAAGGAAGAGCAGCCUUUGAGUCACCCAUACCAGAAUCAUCCUCAUCCUCAUCCUUGAAUUCCAAAAAGUGUAUCUUGGUUGGUGGUCUGAGUGAUGGAUUGUGUCCCGUGCCAUACACACGGGAUUUGGAACAGGCGUGUCACCAAAACAACUGGUCACUGGUACAGCCUAUAUUGUCCAGUUCUUACACGGGCUUUGGACAUGGAUCGCUGGAUCGAGACUGUGACGAAUUACAAGAACUCAUGGACUUUUUGAUGGCCCAUCGAGAGGCCCAAGAAUUUUGUUUGCUCGGCCAUUCCACUGGCUGUCAAGAUGCCAUUCACUUUUUGGCGCAUGCCAAAGAAGAUUUGCGAUCCAGGUUGCGAGUGGUGGCGCUACAAGCACCAGUCUCCGAUCGGGAAUCUGCCACGGUACAUCCCAAUCCAAAGGCGGACGAAUACAUGGCACAAGCCCAAAAGAUGGUGGAGACAGAUAAUGCACAAGAAAUGAUGCCACGAGAUUCCUUUUGGACUCCAAUCACGGCUCAGCGAUAUCUAGAUCUAUUUGCAAAAGGAGGAACGGAUGACUACUUCUCCAGUGACUAUACGGAUGAAGAGUUGGCGAAACGACUCCAACACGUGGGACAACACUCAAAGCUACAAGUGCUGGUGGCCUCCUCAGGGUCGGAUGAAUAUGUGCCUUCAGACGUUGACAUUCCAAAACUGACGGAACGACUCGUUGGGGCAAUGAAUUCCAAAGCCGCCAAAGACGAACCUGUAGCGAUUGGAUUUUGUUUGGAAACGGGGAAUCACAAUCUCUCCAAAGGGCCUGAUGAUGGCAAACGGUUUGUGGUCAAGUUUGCAGAACUUCUUCAGAACAUUAAAUAA